CAAUUGAGCUCAUCUUCGUCUGUUUUUUUGUUUUAUGUUAGGGACGUAAAAGCCAGAAGAAUAGACGAGGAAGACCUAGCCAACAGACUCAGUGAGUUACCGGACAAUGUUAUUUUGCACAUCAUCUCAUCGCUUCCGAUGAAAGAAGCAGUUCGAACAUGCCUUCUGUCAACCAGAUGGAAGGAUCUUUUUACUUCCAUAUCCAAUAUUGAGCUUGAUGGAGUUCUAAGGAAGAGGGCUUUACGUAAUAGAUUCAUGGAAUUUGUGGAUGGAUUUCUGUCCUUGCGUAAGGAUAUCAGUGUGGAUAGAUUUCGCCUCUGCUAUGGACCCGGAAUUGAUCAUCGCAAGAUCAAUGAAUGGUAUGCAGUAAGGCAUGGCGUUAGAGAACUUGACUUGAUCUUUCAAAGUGGAACCUUCGAAACAAGACAUUUCACUGACCUGAAAUUCGGGGUUUUCACUUGUAAAACAGUGCUCACAUUGAGAUUAUUCAACGUUCCAAGUCUUGUCCUGACUAUUCCCACCCAUUGUUGUCUGCCGAAUCUCAAAGGUCUCCAUCUUACUUUUCUGAAAUUCUCUGAUGAUGAAUCCAUUAGAAGGCUAAUUUCCAGCUGCAAUUCGCUGGAGGAAUUGCUUGUUCAAUCAUGUGAACUCAGCAACCUAAACAAACUCAGUGUUUGCCAUCCUACAUUUAAGAGGCUAACCAUAAGUGGUGGUUAUAUUGCCCCAAUUUGAAGUGGAGAUUAACACCCCGAAUCUGGUCUUCUUUGAUUUCGGCUGCGUCUACCGUAAAGAAACAAAGCUCUCACUCAGAAACCUAAACUCUCUUUCA